ACCUUGCUGGAAUGGUUCGACUAAGGGAGACGCCCGUAUGUCUCCAUACGGGUGAAUGAGUGUGUGUGUAUUUAAGAACUGGGAUUGUUGUACAAGUCCCCACAAAAUAAGCAUAGACAUUUGCUAUUUUGAUCUCAACUUUACCAUUGAAAAUGGAGACUCGGAGGUUCGCAUCUGGUUCCAUUGCCAACCCUGUUCAAUUUCGGAACCAGCACUAUGUAGCCCUCCUAGAUGCGUGCGUUAAAUCCGGUUCACUGUUCUCUGACCCAACCUUCACCCCGGACCAGAGCUCCAUUGGUAUGCCUACCGACCCAGACCCCAAAAAGGAGGUCAAGUGGCUGCGACCCAAGGAGAUCAGUGCCAAUGCUGUGUUUGUGGAGGACACGACGUGUACCACCGAUAUCUGCCAGGGCCAGCUGGGUGACUGUUGGCUUCUGGCUGCCCUGUCCUGCCUUACCAUGCACCCCAAUCUCUUUGUUAAAGUGGUACCACCUAAUCAGAGCCUGACAGAAUCCUAUGCUGGCAUCUUCCACUUCAUGUUCUGGCAGUAUGGUGAGUGGGUGGAGGUGGUAGUGGAUGACAGGCUACCUGUACGCGAGGGUCGCCUGCUCUUCAGCUACUCCUGUACCCGCAACGAGUACUGGGGCGCCCUGGUGGAGAAAGCCUAUGCCAAGCUGAUCGGGUCAUAUGGAAGUCUGAAGGGGGGUAAUAUCUCAGAGGCUAUGGAGGAUUUUACAGGGGGCAUAGCCUACUCCCUCCCUGUCUCCUCCCGCGCCCCCAGGGUCAUGUGGAAAGCCCUCUCUGCUGCCAUGUCCCGUGGCAGCCUGCUCAGCUGCUUCAUACAGGCUAGUAACUACCGUGAGAUAGGCACAGUGACUGCAGAGGGACUGGUGAAGGGCCAUGCCUACGCCAUCACAGACACUGACACGGUGAAGAAGCCGGCUGGCGAGGCCUUGUUGCUGAGGCUGAGGAAUCCCUGGGGCUGUGUGGAGUACUCUGGACCCUGGAGUGACAAGAGUAAAGACUGGGAUGAUGUGGAUGCUGCUGAGAAGAAAAGGAUUGAUCUGAAAAACAGUGAGGACGGCGAGUUCUGGAUCAGUGCGGAGGACUUCAACAAGCUGUUUGACACAGUGGAGCUGUGUAGUGUGGACCCUGACCCCAUAGUGGAAGAGGACACAUCCACUGACCCCGACUCCCCUGCUGACCCCCCCUCUGCCUGGACCCUCAGCUCCCACAAAGGCUCCUGGGUAUCGGGCUCCACUGCAGGGGGGAGCUGUAGUUACCCUCGAUCCUUCUGGAAGAAUCCCCAGUUCCAGCUUGUCCUUGCCGAGCAUGAUGAUGAUAUAGAGAUGACCCCGGGGGAGAAGAAGGUGGCAGAGAAGCAGAAGGAGACGGUAAAGCAGUGCACCGUGCUGGUGGAACUACUGCAGAAAGACCGGAGAAAGAAGGAGAAAAUCAACUUCCUCCACAUCGCCUUCCACAUCUACAGGGUGAGAGAGGGAGGGAAAAUGUGUUGUUCCUGUGUGCGCUGUGAAUGUGAACGUUCUACAUUUUCAGUUAAUCUGACAUAUUUCCUGUUUCUGCAGGUUCCUCCAAAGCUCCGGGGCCUGUGUCUGGACCAGAGCUUCUUCUCUUUCAAGCAGCCUGUGGGGAGUUCUGGGGUGUACCAGCCUUUCAGGGCUGUGUGGAGGGAGGUGAGGCUGGACCCAGGAAACUACGUGAUCCUGGCCUCCACCUACAGUCCCAACCAGCCCGCGGAAUUCUUCCUCCGCGUCUACUCCAAGACUGGCAACAAUCUGGGGACACAAGACUUCACUUGCUCCACUGGCUUCCUCAUGGUCAUGUCAAUGCCACCAGUCUUGCCAGAGGAUCGCAAGAGAGUACAGAAGACCUUUGAUGAGGUGGCGGGGCCGGAUGACAAGCUGAAUGCUAAGGAGUUCAUGAAGCUGGUUAACUCAGUUCUGGAGAAAGACUACCAGCUGCCACUGGAGACAUGCAGACAGCUCAUCUUUGGAGAGGAAACUGGGGGGCGUAGCAGUCUGACCCGAGAGCAGACAGAGCCUGUGCUGGCCUCUCUUCGCAGUCUUCAGUCCAUCUUCUUCAAGUUUGAUCAGGACUCUUCAGGGACUAUGAGCCCCUUUGAGCUUAGUCUGGCCCUCCAGGCUGCUGGUGUGCAGUGUGAUGGCCAGGUCAUACAGCUGCUGUGGGAGAGGUUUGGCUCUGGGGAGCUGCACCUGCCUUUCCAUGGCUUUGUGGCCUGUAUCACCAGGCUGCGCAAGCUAUUCGCCCUGUAUAAAUCAGAGAGCAACCCUGAGGUCAAAGACGGAGGAAUCAAUACUAUGGAGUUAAAGCACUCCGUACCAGUGAUAGGUCCAAAGCCACUGCUGCUGUGUUGCAGGAAGUGCUAUGUGCAAUCAGCUGGUGGCCCUUCUUUACCAGACAGCGCACUACUCUCAACUAAACAUUCCUGCUGCACCACCAGUUCACGGCUGCACAGACACAGAACAGCGUUGGCACAAGCCAAGAACACUUAAGUUCUCUCUACAAAGCACUCAAUGGAUACAGGCCUGACAUGGACCUUCUCCGCGUGCCAACUUUUGUCCACUUACUGCCCCUCUUGUGACAACAAUGGAAAUGUCAGCUGACGUGCCCCUGGUUGAGUCUGCCUUUGGGCCAGUGCAAGCUAACAGUGUGCUGUCCUAUCAACUUCCACAGCCAGACCUGUGAAAUUGUGAAGAUUGCCGAUGCCCCUGCUCCACCAAUAAUUCCAUUAGAUGGCUACAGGCUUCAGUCUUCCCAGUGUGCUUACGUCCUUAACCAUCAGGAGCAGUUCCACCUCAAGGCAUUCGAGACAACCUACGAGAUGUCACACAAAGUCGAGGUUGCUACAAGGGAGCAGAGCAGCAACCCAGAAUGGCAUCCGCUCAGGACAAUGAGAAUAACAUCCUAUCGUUUGAGAGGUUUGCCAUGUCCGGGGAGAGACCUCAGCUGACCACCUAGCUGAGCGGAUGUUCAAGGGAUCAUGGAGAUGAAGAGGGGGCUCUGGUCCAUGGAGCCAGUGGCUGUACAGGAGUACUGCACACUGAAGAAUGUUAACUUCCUUCCGUGUGGCUUCGUAGUGCACCAAGAUGCUCCAUGGUUAGGAUCCUCUCCAGAUGGAUCCCAGUGUGAGACCUCACUUUGGACUCUUAGAGGUCAAGUGCCCAAAUGUACUAAGUUAUGUUGACUGCCUUUACCUGAAGAUACAGAAUGGGGAGCUGAAGUUGAAGAGAUCUCAUGCUUACUACUGGCAGGUGCAAGGUCAAAUCCUUCUAAAAUGUUGUAGCUGGUGUGACUUUUGUAAUCUGUGCACAGGAGGACAACCUAGUUGAAAGGAUAUAUAAAGAUCUACAGGUUUCAAAACCUAUAAGAGGGAAGGUUGACAACUUAUUUUUACCACUACCUGCAGAAGUGUCUUAUCUCGCACCUGAAUGGAUCCCCUGCAUGGGUGCCAAGUUUAGUGGUAUUAUGAAAAAAUAAGUAUUGAUGUUCUUGUGAAGAAAACUACAGUAUAAUAGAUGUUUUAAAAAAAAUGUAUUUCAGCAAAUGUUCAACAGUUCAGUUAAUCAAUUACACAUCUCUAACAUUGUAUUCAAUCUUGCAUUCUGGCUAUUCUGUGUUGACUUGAUUUCUUUCCCCCACCCUUUAACUCAUUGCCUAAUUAAAGCCAAUACAAGCUCUACACAAACUGAUAUUCACUGCAACACAAAUUAUUGAUACAUGUCAUAGAUAAACAAAUUAUUAUUUUGCUGCUAGCAAAUAGACACAUGUACAUUUACACUGGCUUGGCCAAAGGUCCGUUUUGAUAGUUGACCAACAGGCGGCAGGGUAGCCUAGUGGUUAGAGCGUUGGACUAGUAACCGGAAGGUUGCAAGUUCAAACCCCUGAGCUGACAAGGUACAAAUCUGUCGUUCUGCCCCUGAACAGGCAGUUAACCCACUGUUCCUAGGCUGUCAAAAUAAGAAUUUGUUCUUAACUGAUCUAGUAAAAUAAAGGUAAAAAAAAACAAAAUCAUUUUGCAAAUAAUUGGUUGAUGCUGCCUGCGAUGGUCAGGGGGAUGACUGUCAAACAGCUUGUGCUCCUUUACUCUGCGGCUCAUUCUUUCAACAUGCACUCUCAGCCUGGCAGUGGAUUGGGUCUCCCUUAACUCAUGCGCUGGUAUCUGUGUGUGUCUUGAAAGGCUGUCCUCUUGACCCUGCACAGAACAAUGUCAUCUACGAAAAAGCCCUUAUCCACCACACGGCCAUCGCUCAUCCAUAUAUUUAUUUGUACAUAUUCUUAUUCAUCCCUUUACACGUGUGUGUAUAAGGUAGUUGUUGUGAAAUUGUUAGGUUAGAUUACUUGUUAGAUAUUACUGCACUGUCGGAACUAGAAGCACAAGCAUUUCACUACACUCGCAUUAACAUCUGCUAACCGUGUGUACUGUAUGCAACCAAUAACAUUUUAUUUUAUUUUUAAUGGCCAUGUCAGGGGUGAGUAAGGAAAUAAUUCCAGACUGCUUGAAGAUCUCCUUGUCAGAUCCAGAAUACAACGAUGACAAGUGACAGCUCCAUGUGGUGACGUUCCCAACAUGCCCUUAAAGGUACAGUGUGACUUGUAGGGAAAAAAACGCCUCACUCUGCAGUAGUAGUGACGAUGGUGUUUGGCAGCGGUGUUCAGUGCAGUCGAUCACUACCUGGGGGUCUGGAUAGUCCUUGUUCUCAGGUGGGCUUUUGGAUCCUUGGGGAUCCAUAUCCGUGUUGAUCCAAGCAGACAGUAGAGGAAGUUGGCCCAAGAGAUCAUAAUCGGUCUCACUGUCGAUUGGUGGAGGCUGAACCAAUGGGCCAAAUCCUUCUGCUUCAGACCCAGCGA